AGUAUAUUACGUUUAUGUGGCUGCGAUGACAGAAAGGAAAAAUAUGUACGUUUUCAGAUGAAUGAAUUGCCGCCAAUCACGAUUUAAUUUUAAUAUAUUACUUAUCUGGAUCUCAGAUGUCAGAGUUAUCGGGAGAUGCUUAAUGUUUGUAAAUAAUAAAAAGGCAUUUUAUAUAUACGUUCUAAACAUAUUUUUAACCUAUAAUAAUACACACAUAUAUAUUUGGUUGUGCAUUUAAUUACUGCAUAUUAUUAGUAAAAUGUCAUCUUCCCAUACAACAGAAUUAACCGAACAAUUGGUUAAAGAUUAUGCGAAUUAUGCCAAAGUGGAUUGGGACAAUCAGAUGAAACAUUUCCGUGACAUUGUCGAAGAUACAUUAAUACGAUUAGAGGAAUUUCAAUCAAUUGUUACAAUGGUGGAAAAUGGCAGUGCAGAAUGCAUACAGCAGCAUCUUCCAAAAUUACAAUAUAUAAAAGAUGGUAUGACGAGUCUUUGUAAAAGAAUAGAUGCAUUGGAGCAUGUUGUCGCAAUGGCCAAUAUGAAUUUAAGCUUAUUAGAAACUGCUGUAGACAAGGCAGAAGCUGAAUUAGGGGUAUCAGAUAGAUUAUUUGGGAUAUUAAAUCCUUUAUCAUUUUUUAAAAAAACUCAAGAACCUAUAGUGUUAAGUACGGUGCCAAUGUAUAAAUCGCCAGUAAUUUACAGGUCUGAUGACUAUUUUCAAAGAGAAUAAAAAAUAUAUAUAUAUAUAUAUAUAUAUAUAUAUAUAUAUAUGAAAAACCUAAAUCAUAUCUGCUAGUUUAAAUUAACUGAGAAAAUAAACUAAAGCCAUUUAGUUCAUAAGAUUUUAGGCAUGUCAGUUUUUCACCAAUGUAAUCAUUAUUUAUACAAUGACUAUUUCGUUUUUUUAUAUUUCUAAAUUGCAGAAAGAUGUUAUAAAAAGAUUAUUUAAUUUCUCGUCUUCCAAAUUUCCAAAAAUGCAUUUCAAUUCUGUUAUACUCUAUAUAAAGUGUAAAAUAUUA